AUGGCGUUAUCCGCGGAGUCAAGAUUCGAUCUCAUUCGCGCCAAUCUCGGCGAGAUUCUCAAUCCGGAGCUGAUCGAGAAUAUCCUUGCUGAGGGGCGUAAUCCCCGUGUGUACUGGGGCACUGCUACCACUGGCAGACCCCAUUCCGGAUAUUUUGUCGCCGCACUCAAGAUCGCCCAGCUACUAGCGGCAGAAUGUGAGGUAGUAAUUCUCCUUGCUGACGUGCACGCGUUCCUGGAUUCAAUGAAGGCGCCCCUCGAACUGGUCGAAAACCGUGUCAAAUACUACGAGAAGAUUAUCAGGGGAAUUCUGGAGGCUGUGGGCGUGUCGACGGAGAAGCUCGAGUUCGUACUCGGAAGUUCCUACCAGCGGAGUUCCGAGUAUGUUAUGGACGUCUACCGGCUUGCUGCCAUGACCUCUGAGCAUGAUUGCAGGAAGGCCGGUGCAGAGAUUGUGAAACAAUCUACUAAUGCCCCAAUGAGCGGCCUUCUCUACCCGAUCCUUCAAGUCCUCGAUGAGGAGUACCUUAAGGUCGAUGCUGAAUUAGGCGGUCUUGAUCAGAGAAAGCUUUUUACAGCGGCCACAGAAUGGCUACCUAAACUCGGAUACCGCAAGCGUGCCCAUCUUAUCACUCCAAUGGUUGCAGGCCUAAGCGGUGGCAAAAUGAGCUCUAGUAUCGAAGAUAGCAAGAUCGACCUCCUCGACCCACCUGAGGCUGUCUCUAAAAAGAUCCGUAAAUCGGAAGCGGCCCCCCGAGUCGUCGAGAACAAUGGCAUAAUUGCUAUGGUGGAAUUUGUCUUACUACCCGCAGCUGCUCUCGCUGGCAAAGACUUCCGCGUGGAACGCCGGGAUGACGAACCCCUUGUUUACACUGAUAUCCAACAACUUAAGGAUGAUUAUACCAACGACAUUUUAACUCCCCAACUUCUGAAGCCUGCAGCAGCAGCAGCUCUGAACAGUCUCAUGGCACCCAUUCGCAAAGCCUACGAAGAGUCACCCGAAUGGCAGGAAAUCACCCUCAAGGCUUACCCACCUCCGGUUGUACAAAAGAAGGAAAAGAAGGUCAAGGACAGAGGUUCCCGCUUCCCUGGAGCUAAUAAGGAGCAGGGCAUCCCAGAGCGCCCCAAGGCUUAA